GCCUGUGCAGAGCUGGCAGCCGGAAGCUGUGAUCAGCUGGUGGAGGAGGAGCUGCACGAGAGGUGAGCGAUCUUCCCCCGGCAGAGUAAUAGAUCCUGGACGACAGGAAUACGGGAAAUCAUCUGGGGAUCCCGGUGUCAUUUGGAGGCAGAGACGUUUGACUAGACGCUAGGACAGCCGGUGUCCGUCGGGCUGGAGGAGAUGUGAAGGACUCAUCAGGACUUGAGCAGCAAGCUGAAGGAGGAAUAUAUCGCUGUCAGCUUCAAACGUCAGAGAGGAGGCUCCCAUACUAAUACAAAGACAGAACAACAUCGAGCUAGGAGGGGAGGGUUAAUGCCGAGAAAUGAGCCGUUUGUUGCCUAUGAAAAUGCAAACGUCUAGAAGAUAUGCAAUACAAAUAAGCGUCUACGAUAGGAGUUCGAAAGGUGUAAAGCGUUAUCAUCACUAGUACAUGUAAACAAACAGCUACUCAAGCUAGCUCAGGUUAGCCGAUAGGGGGCUAGCUCUCUGGACUGGUGCUAAUACACAAGGCUUAGCUAAUAUAAGGCAGUUUACGGGAGCAGGGCGAAGGUGAACCGCUCUAAACACACUGGACGUCGGGUCAGAAAACAUAUACCCUCAAUAUAGUUGUUCGCAGUCGAUGACAGCCUUUUGUGUUAUCAGACGAUGCCGCUAUUAGCAUAAUUAGCCUGUCAGCUAACGGUGAAAUGUUAUUUGCAGCUCAGCAUAAUAACACUAAACUCGCAAAGUACGUGUAGAACAACGAUGUUACUAAUGCUACGUGUGUUUUUCACAUGGAUUAGUAAAACAUAUGUAUCUUUGAAAUAAGAGUAAGCACGUUAAGGACUGGCGUAACUGUUAAUGCUACAACAGUACAUCUAGAGACCCGGGGAGUCUGGUGGAUAGACAGAGUAGGACGAGGAUGAUGGAAAAUAACUUUUGGAAGAUUUAAUCACAUUGCCAUUCCUAGCCAGCUAUUCGUUGUACCCGCCUUCAUGCCUGCAUACCGUUAGUGGGUGGACAUUUGUAGUUUUGCAUAGUAAAACGUUACUCUUGUUUUCUUUGUGAGAGUAAAAACACUUGGCUGUGUCAGUGAACAGAGGGCCUCAGUUCCCUCAGGCUGGAGCCACAGCUCAGCCUGGCAGCAUGGACCGAGCCGCGAUACAUCUAAACUAGUUGUUUGCCUCAAAUAAGUAAAAAAAACACAUCUUAACAAAGGAUAAUUGACUUAAAGAUACUUUUUAAUCGUAGUUGUUUGUGCAUAUUUUCCUACAGACUAUUCAGAGGAGAUCACUGCAUGGCCAGUUGUAUUAUGUAGCUGUGCGGCCCAGCGGUAAGCCUCUCAGCUGUGUUUUGGUUGCUAGUGGCCUCCCCUCCCCCAGUCUUCAGACUCUGAUUCUCCCCGACUGUUGGACACAGUCCGCCGGGUUUCCCCUUCAUUCCUGCUCUGAAGAAAGGCCGUGGCCUCAGGUCGCAGUCCCCUGGACUCCGGGCCGUUAACAAGUGGAUGUAAUGGAACUGAUGUUUGCCGAGUGGGAGGAUGGGGAGAGGUUCUCCUUCGAAGACUCGGACCGGUUCGAAGAAGACUCUCUGUGCUCCUUCAUCUCAGAGGCCGAGAGCCUCUGUCAGAACUGGAGGGGCUGGAGGAAGCAGUCCGCUGGACCCAACUCCCCCACUGUCAAGAUCAGAGAUGGUCAGGUGAUUCCUCUGGUGGAGUUGUCAGCGAAGCAGGUAGCGUUCCACAUCCCAUUUGAGGUGGUGGAAAAGGUCUACCCCCCCGUCCCAGAGCAGCUACAGCUCCGCAUCGCCUACUGGAGCUUCCCCGAGAAUGAAGAGGACAUCAGGUUGUAUUCCUGCCUGGCUAACGGGAGUCCGGAUGAAUUCCAGCGUGGAGAGCAGCUCUACAGGAUCCGAGCUGUCAAAGAUCCCCUGCAGAUCGGCUUCCAUCUCAGUGCUACAGUGGUGUCCAACCAGUCGGGGCAGUCCAAAGGCGCCUACAAUGUGGCGGUCAUGUUCGAUCGCUGCCGCAUCACUUCCUGCAGCUGCACCUGUGGCGCUGGGGCCAAAUGGUGCGCCCAUGUGGUGGCCCUUUGCCUCUUCAGGAUCCAUAAUGCAUCAGCAGUGUGUCUGAGGGCUCCUGUCUCUGAGUCUCUGUCCCGGCUGCAGAGGGACCAGCUGCAGAAGUUUGCUCAGUACCUCAUCAGUGAGCUGCCUCAGCAGAUUCUCCCCACAGCUCAGCGGCUGCUGGAUGAGCUGCUGUCCUCUCAGUCUACUGCCAUCAACACCGUGUGUGGAGCUCCAGACCCGACAGCUGGCCCUUCCGCAUCUGACCAGAGCACCUGGUAUUUGGAUGAGUCCACCCUCAGCGACAACAUCAAAAAGACUCUGCACAAGUUCUGUGGGCCCUCACCUGUCGUCUUCAGUGAUGUAAACUCUAUGUACCUGUCGUCCACGGAGCCGCCGGCCGCUGCUGAAUGGGCGUGUCUCCUGCGACCUCUGAGGGGCAGAGAGCCAGAAGGCAUCUGGAACCUUCUGUCCAUCGUCAGGGAGAUGUUCAAGAGACGAGACAGCAAUGCUGCCCCCCUGUUGGAGAUUCUCACUGAGCAGUGCCUCACCUACGAACAGAUCAUCAGCUGGUGGUACAGUGUUCGGACCUCGGCGUCCCACAGCAGUGCCAGUGGCCACACCGGGCGCAGCAACGGCCAAUCGGAGGUGGCGGCUCACGCCUGUGCCAGCAUGUGUGAUGAGAUGGUGGUGCUAUGGAGGCUGGCGGUACUUGACCCCACCAUGAGCCCCUGCAGGCGUCUGGAGCUGGCCGGGCAACUGAAGCAGUGGCACCUGAAGGUCAUAGAGAUCGUGAAGAGGGGACAACACCGCAAGUCUCUGGAUAAACUGUUCCAGGGCUUCAAGCCUGCUGUGGAAUCCUGCUACUUCAACUGGGAGGUGGCCUACCCGUUAGAGAGCAUCACCUACUGCAGCGCUGAUAAGAAGAGCGCCACCUUCUGCUGGUCCAGGGCAGUGCUGCACCAGAGAGGGGUCAAAGCUGCUGCAGGAUCGGGGGGAGAAACCCUGAAGGCGGAGCGGGGGGGCAGAACUGAAGGCGGAGCAGGGGGGGAUUUUAAAGGCAGAGGUCACUCGUCCCAACAGGAGGUGGCAGUACGACCCAAGGAGACCUUACUGACCAAGAGGAAGGGGCUGUCAGUGAGCGGAGGGGGGGGUGUGCUGGUUCGUCUGGGAGGUGGUGUCUCUCUGUCCCUGGAAGAUGGAGGAGGGAAGUGCAUGUACAAGGGGCCGGGUUCCUCCUCUGGAGGGAAGCUGAAACUGACCCAGGGAGGUGGGAAGGGGGCCUCUGUAGGGGGUCCUGUGGGAGGGAGUGGGGUAGGAGGUGGUAAGCAUGCCAGUGCCAAGCGGAGAACCAGCAGUGAGGACAGCUCCCUGGAGCCGGACCUGGCCGAGCUCAGCCUGGAUGAUGGCUGCAGUCUGGCACUGGGGGCAGAGGCGAGCAACACCUUUGAGUUUCUCCCCCCUCCACCUGAGAUGCUUCCCUCCCUGAGCCCACUGCUCCGAGACUCGCGUAAGUACAGCAACAGCAACGGGGGGAGCAAGAUAUUUGAAACAAAGCGUGUGAGCCAUGCCUCGGCUGCACUCCCUGCUGCAGAGCCGACUCCCCCCUGCUUCCCCCCCAAAGAGACGGUGGUGGUUGUGAUGGACAUGCCCAGCUCUGCAGAAAAGGACGCAGAGCAGGAGGUCGAGCCGGUUCAGAACAAAGAGGAAGAUGUAGACUCCGCUGGCAGUAACCAGCCUUCCACUUCAAUCGCAACGGCGACAUCAGGCUCCACUCAGAACUCCAAGCCUGCACGGGGCCGCAGAGAGGCGGGGCCCGCUGGAGCAGCAGCAGGGAGUGGGGGGGCAGCUAACCAGGCAGCAGGUGGAGCUGCAGGAGGAGAACCUGUGGGUGAGGACGACUACCAGGCAUACUACCUGAGUGCUGCCUCAGAGGAGGGAGCAGACAGACAGCUGGCUGAGGGCCACCAGGAGGAGGAGCCUGAUAUCUUCGCAGGGAUGAAGCCGCUGGAGCAGGAGGAUCGCAUGGAGGUGCUGUUUGCCUGUGCGGAGGCCCUCUAUGCUCACGGCUACAGUAAUGAGGCGUGCAGACUGGCCGUGGAGCUGGCCAGAGACCUGUUAGCCAACCCUCCGGACCUGAAGGUGGAGCAGCCACAGACUAAGGGUAAGAAGAGCAAGGUGUCGACCAGCCGCCAGACGCAGGUAGCCACCAACACGCUGUCCAAGGCCGCCUUCCUCCUCACCGUCCUCAGUGAGCGGCUGGAGCUCCACAACCUGGCCUUCUGCACCGGCAUGUUCUCUCUGGAGCUGCAGAGACCCCCGGCCUCCACCAAAGCUCUGGAGGUGAAGCUGGCCUACCAGGAGUCGGAGGUGGUGUCUCUGUUGAAGAAGAUUCCUCUGGGCCUGGUGGAGAUGUCGGCCAUCAGAGAGAGGGGCGAGCAGCUACGAGACGGAAACUUCUGUGACUACAGGCCGGUGCUGCCGCUCAUGCUGGCCAGCUUCAUCUUCGAUGUGCUGUGUACCCCAGUUUGUGCAGUUGUGUCCCCAACGGGUUCCCGUCCACCAAGCCGUAACCGUAACAACGAGAUGCCUGGAGAUGAGGAGCUUGGCUUUGAGGCUGCUGUCGCUGCACUUGGUAUGAAGACCACAGUGAGCGAGGCGGAGCAUCCUCUGCUGUGUGAAGGAACUCGGCGGGUAAAAGGUGACCUGGCUUUGGCUCUAAUGAUCACCUACAAGGACGACCAGAGCAAGCUCAAGAAGAUACUGGAUAAGUUGUUGGACAGGGAGAGUCAGACCCAUAAGCCCCAGACUCUGAGCUCAUUCUACUCCAGCAAGCCAGCAGCUGGCAGCCAGCGCAGCCCUUCCAAACACUCUGCUGCCAACCAUAGUGGGGUGAGCGGGGCAGCAGGGGGCGUCUCCAAACAUGGACCCUCCUCUUCCUCUGCUGCCACUGUGGCAGCCUCCUCCUCUGCUGCCACGGGAUCUGGGGAAGUGGCGCAGCAGGCUGAUCUGAACCCAGUGCAGAACAACACAGCCGGAGAGUGCACUGCUGAGCCCCGGGAGCAUGAUGGGCCUGCUUCAUCAGCUGAGCACCAGAAUGAGAUGGCGCCUAUUAAGGCGGAGGCCACGGUGCCCAGUCGGCUGGCUCUGGGGGCCCGCUGCGGAUACAGCCAGCGCUGCUGGGGCUCGCCUGUGCGCCAGAAGAAGAAACACACGGGCAUGGCGAGCAUCGACAGCAGCGCUCCAGAGACCACCUCUGACAGCUCCCCCACCCUCAGCCGCCGGCCGCUCCGGGGCGGCUGGGCAGCAACAUCUUGGGGGCGGGGCCAGGACAGUGACAGCAUCAGCAGCUCAUCAUCUGAUUCACUGGGCUCCUCCUCCUCCAGCGGCUCUCGGAGGGCAGGGGGCGGGGCCAGGGCCAAGAGCACGGACACCAGCAGAGCGAUGGUGGGCUAUGAACCUACUUAUAGAACUGGAGUCACAUCCAGGUACAAAGGGCGGCGUCCAGAAUGUCACGCCCCCCACGUGCCCAACCAGCCGUCAGAGGCAGCAGCACAUUUUUAUUUUGAGCUAGCCAAGACAGUGCUAAUCAAAGCUGGAGGAAACUCCUCCACCUCCAUUUUCACCCAGCCGUCAGCCAGCGGGGGCCACCAGGGGCCCCACAGAAACCUGCACCUGUGUGCCUUUGAGAUUGGCCUGUAUGCUCUUGGCCUCCACAACUUUGUUUCACCAAACUGGCUGUCCAGAACCUACUCCUCCCAUGUGUCCUGGAUUACUGGCCAGGCAAUGGAGAUCGGCAGCGCAGCCCUCAACAUUUUGGUGGAGUGUUGGGACGGACACCUCACCCCCCCAGAGGUAGCAUCACUUGCCGACCGUGCGUCGCGGGCCAGGGACCCCAACAUGGUGCGGGCGGCAGCGGAGCUGGCCCUGAGCUGCCUGCCUCACGCUCACGCUCUCAACCCUAAUGAGAUCCAGAGAGCCCUGGUGCAGUGCAAAGAGCAGGACAAUGUGAUGCUGGAGAAGGCCUGCAUGGCAGUGGAGGAAGCAGCCAAGGGUGGGGGGGUGUACCCUGAGGUCCUGUUUGAGGUAGCCCACCAGUGGUACUGGCUGUAUGAGCAGUCAGUGGGUGGGGGCUCAGGCCAGCAUCGGGAGACGUCAGGGCGCUGCGGGGCCAACGGGGGCUCGGGCAGGAGGCCCCAGGAGUCCAGCUGUGUGGUGAUUGACACCAGAGCAGGCAUGGAGUCUGCUGGCGUGGCAACGAUCACCGCCUCCGUCACUGCAGCAGCCGUGGUCCCCGUCAUAUCUGUGGGCUCCACCAUCUAUCAGUCCCACAUCAUGCCGGGGCAGGCCAUGGCUCACCCCCACAGCCAGGGGCUCCACCCCUACACCACCAUUCAGGCCCAUCUCCCCACCGUCUGCACCCCCCAGUACCUGGGACACCCUCUGCAGCACGUCCCCCGGCCCACCGUCUUCCCUAUCGCCGGAGCUGCAUAUCCACAGGGAAUCCACCCAGCCUUUAUCGGAGCCCAGUACCCGUUCUCAGUGGCCACUGGACCCCAGCCCCCUAUGGCAGCCACGGCUGUGACCUUCCCCGGGGUCCCGGUACCGUCCAUGACUCAGAUCGCCGUCCACCCGUACCACCCUGAGAGCGGGCUGCCCCUCACAACUGUAGCAGUGGGCAGCGUCCACGCGGGCCCCACCAUCCAGGCCAUCCAGGGGACAUCCCUGUCCUCCCAGCCCGGAUCAAUGAUGGGCACUGCUUUCCCAGUAGAGGACGAGCAGCACAGCCAGCCAGUUAGCCAACAGGGCCUGCACUACCUGCACUCUGCCUACAGAGUUGGCAUGCUGGCGCUGGAGAUGCUGGGCAGGAGGGCUCACAAUGACCACCCCAACAACUUCUCCAGGAGCCCGCCUUACACUGAGGACGUCAAAUGGCUGCUGGGACUGGCUGCCAGGCUAGGAGUCAACUAUGUGUACCAGUUCUGUGUGGGAGCAGCAAAAGGAGUCCUCAGUCCGUUCGUCCUGCAGGAAAUCAUCAUGGAGGCUCUGCAGAGACUCAACCCCGCCCACAUCCACGCACACCUCCGAACACCCGCCUUCCACCAGCUGGUGCAGCGCUGCCAACAGGCCUACCUGCAGUACAUCCACCACCGGCUCAUCCACCUGACGCCUGCAGACUACGAUGACUUUGUGAACAUCAUCCGCAGCGCUCGUAGUGCGUUCUGCCUGACGCCUGUAGGCAUGAUGCAGUUCAACGAUGUGCUGCAGAACCUGAAGAGAGGCAAGCAGACCAAGGAGCUGUGGCAACGCAUCUCCCUGGAGAUGGCCACCUUCUCCCCCUGAGAGAGGGUCCUGGGCCCCCUCAGCCUCCAGCACAGCUACUGCCACUGCACCGAGCGCGCUCCCCGCUCUGUGGUUCCUUCUCUCUGGACGUGGACUCAGACUGGCUCUGCACACAGGCAGUACAAUCAGCUCCCGCGCCCCACCCUCAGACACUUCCUUUUUUAUGUGUGCUCGGAGCUCAGAGGAGGUGUCGACUCACCCUCCUGCUCUCCUCUGCUCCUGACUGACUCCUCACCCCCGUUUCAUCAUGGUUCAUGUUUGUGUAACUGUGGAAUUAAAGUGUACUCCUUCCUUUCUUCAUCUUA